AUGCCAGUCACCAUCGGUCACGCCCUGCCAUCCGGCAACCCCGCAACCCCGCAACUCGCAGCGGCGCUGGAGGCCAACGAAGAGUUACCGCCGGCGGGUCUCUCCACCAAUCCCAGCCCGUCCAGCGAGAGCGGAAGCGCCCGCUCCUUCAAGCCCGUCCGCACGAAGGAGCCGCGCAAGUCUUCCUCCUCCGGCGCCUCCUCGUCGUCGCGCGCGUCGCGCGCCUCGCAGCCAGGCAGCCUCCGCGUGCCCAAGUCGCCUCGCUCAAACACCUCCUCCUCCUCCCCCGACCAGCCUACUACUACUAACGCCGUAGACCAAUCCAGUACCCGCGAACAGUCCGCGCGUGCUAGCGGCUCGCAAAGCGGCGGCUCCCGCCGGUCGCGCCAUAAGGCGAACUCUUCCGCGGACUCGCUGUCAAGCGCUUCCGCCGUCACCACGGCGUCGGACGAUGGCGCGGGCGACGCGGCAGAAUUAGCAGCAGCACCCGCGGAACCGCCUUCCACCGCCGCCACGUCCGCGCCUUCCGCCUCCACGCGCAAAAGCGCGGCUGCGAGAAAGGAGCGGGCGGCGCCGCCGGAGGGGGACGAGGAGGGUGGGAACGAGGGAGAGGGGGAGGAAGCGGGCGCUGGAGAGCGGGAGGGGGAAGGGGAAGAGGAGGAGGAGGAGGACGAGGCGCCGGCUUUGCAGCGCGUGCAACGAUCCACCACGGCUCCGCAUUACGAGCGCGUUAAAGGCGCCGCGGGCGCGGACGAGCCGCGGCCGAUGCGCGUGAGCACGAGCUACGACGCGCGGGGCAAGCGAGGGCUGUUACUUUCGCCGAACACACAUCGCGUGGUUUCGUUCGCCAGCGACGUGAAGCUUCCUGAAGGGUUCGAGGGCGAGGAUGCGGAAGCGUUUAGCCGCAACAGCACUGGCGGGUUGAUGGGGUAUCAGCAGGUUGGGGGUUUGCCGCGCCCGUUAUCGGCACCUUCGUUAAUGGCGCAACUGAACUCGAUGCUGACGCCGUCAAGGUCUGUGGGGAGUUUCACGGAGAGCGUUGGCGUCAGCGGAAUCGCGGUGUACGUGGGGCCCAAGAUGCAACUGUUUCGCGUGACCAGGGCGCUGCUCAUGAAGAUCCCCUUCUUCCGCAAGCAGCUGGAGACCACAGCGCCAGAUGGCAAGCUGCAGACACCAGAGCACGCAUCAGAGGACGAGGAGCUGUCGUUCAUGCUGGACUGCGAUGAAGCCACCUUCUCCCGCGUCCUCACCGUCGUGCAGUACCACAGUCUGGAGGCCUUGCCAUGGAUGAAUGACGAAGACUUUUACCGCCUGCGCUCGGAGCUCGACUUCCUCGGCAUCACUCUGCCGCCCGGCUCGCCCUGGCACCACCUCCCCUGGAAGGACGAGCGCAAGGCCGCCGCCGCCUCCGCCGCUGCUGCCGCCGCCGCCGCCGCUUCUGGCAUUCUCAACCCCGCUGCUGCGGCUCUCGCCGCUGGGUACACGUCUAGUUCGGAUACGGACGAGAUUAGGGAGGUGCGCGGUGGGGCGGCAACGGCGGGGGGAAUGGCUGGAGGGCUGGCGGGAAUGAUGGGGGCGAUGGUGGGCGGGGGGAUGGGAGUUGGGGGAGGAGUGGGAGGCAUGGGAGGAGCGGGAGCAGGAGCGGGAAUGGGAGGGGGAGCUGGAGUGGGGGGGAAGGGGUUUGGGACGGGAAGGGCGUCGCUGAUCAGUGCGCGAUCCAUGGUGCGGCGCAGUGUGGUGGUGGGGGGUGCGGGGCAUGAGACGCCUCCGGGAGUGGGAGGGGCGGCAGGAGGAGGCGCAGGAGCAGGCGGGGCGAAAUCGCUGGUGGAGGAAGACAGGCUGGACGUGGUGUACCGGCACGGCAGCGACACAGCAGCGGCGUGCACGUGCUUUGGCACCAAGGAGGCGGACGGCCACUCGCACUGGGUGGUGUCUCUCUUCCACGGCCACGUCUUCUGCGCCUUCUGUGGCCGUGCCCCCGCGUGGCAUCCAAAGCUCUUUGCCGAUGUCUUCCUGCUCGCCGCCCUCCCUCCCGCUCCUACCCAGAGGGGAGCGAAUGCGUUUGUGGGAGGGUGGUACUACCACGGCCGCUCCAGCACUCGCCUCGUGAAGCUGCACUGCGUGGCCGGCGCCAGCUGCACCGCCUGCAGAGCUAGCAUCUGGGGAGUAAGCAUCGAGCACAAGCAUGCCUUCUGUCUACAGUGCAAAGCUACACCCACCAAGCCAGCUAUCAUAGCGAAACUCUUUGUGGAAGCAUUGUGUCAGCCCAAGUAG